UAGAACAAAAUUAUUCAUUCUAAAGAUUUAAGAAUAAACUCUUUCAAUUUUCAAAAUUAUUUGAGUGAAUAUGCAGUGUAAGAACGAGGCAGCAGAAGUUGUUCGUCCCCUUGCUAAUUAUCCUCCCAAUAUCUGGGGUGAUCGCUUCCUCAACUAUGCUCCCCCGGACGAGGUUACCCAAGGCCGAAUGGAGCAAGGGGCGGAAGAGCUCAAAGAGCUAGUGCGCAAAGAAAUUUUGGACGUUCAUAAGGAUCCAAAGGAAAGGCUUGUGCUUUUAGAUGACAUACAUCGCCUUGGAGUUGCAUACCAAUUUGAAAAUGAAAUCGAAAACAUUUUUCGAAAUUUCUAUAAGAAGAUGUAUGAUGAUAGUUCCUACAAGGAUGAUCUUUACUAUGUUUCUCUACGCUUUCGUCUCUUACGACAACAUGGCUUCAAUGUUUCAUGUGAUGUAUUUGAAAACUUCAAAUGUGAGAACGGAAGCUUUAAGGAUUGUUUAGCAAGUGAUGUGCAAGGCCUAUUGAGCUUGUAUGAAGCAUCAUUUCUAGGAGUGCACGGAGAAAAUACACCGGACGGAGCUCGUUCAUUUGCUACUACUCACCUAACCUCCCUUGCUACACAAUUAAGCUCUCCUAUGGCUGAACAAAUAGCCCAUGCUUUGAAACAACCCCUCCAUAGACGCAGUAUAAGGCUAGAAUCGCGGUAUUAUAUAUCAAUUUAUGGGUCAAAGGCUUUCCACAAUGAAGCUUUGCUGAAAUUUGCAAAGUUAGAUUUCAACUUGGUUCAAAUAUUGCACAACAAGGAGCUAAGAGAUCAUACUAGGUGGUGGAGAAGUCUUGACAUGGUCACAAAAUACCCAUUUGUUCGAGACAGAGUGGUAGAGGCCUACUUUUGGAUUUUGGGUGUGUACUAUGAACCUAAGUACUCGUAUGCAAGAAUGUUGCUAAACAAAUUGUUCAACAUUAUAUCCGUCAUAGAUGACAUCUACGACUCUUAUGGAAUUAUUGAAGAGUUAAAACCCUUCGCAGAAGCGAUUCAAAGGUGGGACAAAAGCUGCAUCGGUCAACUUCCGAGCUACAUGAGAGCAAUUUCUCAAGUUAUGUUUGAUACAUUUGACGAAAUUGAGCAAGAUUUAGCAUUGGAGCAACGUGCAUAUGCUGUUUAUUAUCAACAACAACAAAUGAAAGCUAUGUUUCAAUCUUACAUCCAAGAAACUAUUUGGCAUCACCAUAACAUUGUUCCAACAUUCGACGAAUACAUGAGAAAUGGCAUUGUAAGCUCUGGCUAUGUGUACGUGAUUACUGCUGCUUAUCAAGGCAUGGGGGAGUUGGCGAAUAAACAUGCCUUCGAAUGGGUCAAUGAAACAACAAAGACUAUAAAAGCUUCAUGCAUACUUGCUAGGCUCUUGAAUGACAUUAGUAGCCAUAAGUUUGAGAAGAGUAGAGGUCAUGUUUCAUCUGCAAUAGAUUGCUACAUGGAUCAAUUUGGAACCUCCAUUGAAGAAGCUACGAAGGUGCUCCGAUCACACAUUGAGGAAGCAUGGAAGGACAUAAAUGAAGAAUUAACCGGGCCAAGAAAUGUUCCAAUGCCUUUGGUACUUCGAGUCCUCAACGUAACAAGGACAUUAUAUGACGUUUAUGAGGAUGAUGAAGAUGGCUAUACUAUCGGCAAGUUUAUCCAAGAAAAAGUUGCAACUAUUCUUGUUGAUCCUAUUGAGGCAUAAAUUGAGUCAUGAAUGUACCUUUUAAAUUUCCUAUGUUUUUGCAUUACUUUUGUGUUGAAUAAUUUACCUUUGGGGGGUAUAUAUAUGAUUUAAGUUGUAAUGAUAUGAUAUAUGUAUGAUAUUACGUAUUACCUUUUAA